AUGGUUGAAGAAUACAAUAAUUUUCAAGACAGUAGUAUUCCUACUGGUAUCAAUAAUUUAAACUAUGAUAAUUUAUUACCAUCGUUUCUUUUAAAUGAUAAUAAUAUCAAUAACAAUAAUAAUAACAAUAAUAAUAACAAUAAUAAUAACAAUAAUAAUAACAAUAAUAAUAACAAUAAUGAUAACAAUAAUCUAAAUACUGAUAAUGGUAAUAAAAAAGAAGAAAAUACUAAUAAACCAAAAUGUGGAUUAAAAAUCAAUACAAGAACAGCCAUUGACGACUAUUCCUAUGACUCCAGCUAUAAUUACGACAAUAAUGAUGAUAUUAGCAAUAUCUAUGAUUACAGCAAUUCGUAUUCACUCAAUUUAAUUAAUAAUCAAACAGAUUACCCUUUUUUAUUAACACCAAGUCCAUUACCAUUGUCGUCAUCAUCUUCGUAUCAUUCCAAGGACUCUUCAGUAAGCUCUUGUGAAUCGAUUAUUUAUCCACCAACUCCCAAAAACUUCAUCAACAUUAAUCCCAUUAACCCCAUUAAUCAUAAAAUUAAUAACAAUAGUAAUACUAAUUCAAAAAAAAGAAGAUUUUCCGACAUUAAUUACAAUGAAGAUUCGUCAGAUGAAUUUGAUAUUGAAAUUGUCCUUUAA